AUGGCAGCAAGUCCAAAUGUUGAUAUCUAUACUGCGUUCGAGAAAUCGCAGGUACCUUUCAUCCCUGUAGAUCUAAGGUCUUUAAAUGAUUCAAUAGGUGACACUGUUGAUGUGGUAAGCGCAGAUAAGGAAUAUUACGAGCCUGCACCGUCGUUGAAACGACUUCAUACCAACAAUUCGGUUGCAUCAAAAACAUAUUCAGUUUAUUCCGCUGAAGGAUCUGUUGCUUUUACCAAGAUCUCUUCCAGGGAUACUUGGGAUUCCACUGUGGUGGAUACGGUUCGCUACAAAAUUACCGCAAGCUUUAGUUCUAGAGAAAUUAUGCUCCUGAGGACGUCUUGGGCGUUUCUGCAGGACGAUGAGAUCUCGGAUUAUAAGAUCUUAUCAUUUGUUAAUCGAAUUAACGAUGAUAUGAGCUCUAGUGCUAUACCUACGGCAAGUACCGGUAAUAAUAUGCUUCGAUCGUCCUUUCGCUCGCGUCCCACCGUCCACAGCACCGUGAGCUACAGCAGUUCCUCGGCGGGGUCCUCUACAACCCAGGUGCCUGCUUUUCCUACAAUCAUAGAAAACAGUAACAAUUCUAACAUUGUGGCCGCUUCGCUGUUUUGCGCGCAGUUUUAUGCUUGCUUGCUGGACAUGAGUCCGGGUUUAGAGAAAAUCUACCCCUCUAUCAAGCACCAGGCAGUAUCAUUUGCUGCUGUGGUGACUAUUGCAAUAUCGCACCUAGAACACCUCAGUGUAAUGAAUAGUUACCUGUGCGAUCUAGGCAAAAGACACUCCAGAAUACUAGGCAUUGAGCCCCCAGAUUUUGAAUUGAUGGGGAAUGCCUUCAUAAAAACCAUUAAGAACAGAUUUGGUAUCCAUUGCACCAUCGAGCUUACCGAAGUUUGGACACGGUUGUAUUCCUUCCUUGCAAAUAGCAUCCUACAGUUUGGAAUUGACCCUGUUGUAACAGCUCGCUCUGAAGCACAAUCGCAAGAAGAAGAAUUCAGCGUCAAGUCGGAUACUGCUUUCUCAAACUACAGUCCUGAGUUCUUCGUGUUUAACAGCAAAUCGGCUACAAAAGAAAACCUCACUCUAACUCCCCAGGAUACAAGUGAGCCGGCAUAUUCAGAAGAUACUGGAAGCGUAGUUGUCACGUCAACCCAUAAUUAUAGAAGAAGGCUUCGUAGAAAGAAGAAAGGAGACAAGGAUUGUAUCAUUAUGUAG